ACAAAUGAUGUUCUGAAUGAGGGAUGAGAGCAGAUAUAAUGAUCACACUGUUUAAAGCUGCAGACAGAAACAUCAGACUCAGGACAGAAACACACGACCUCUAAAAAAUGGAGCAAACUCUAUAUUUCAUUCUUCUUCUCAUUGCUCUCUGCUCCGUAUCUGAAUGUGUUCAGCGUCAGUAUCACUUUAUAAACGUGAGGAAGACCUGGACUGAAGCUCAGAGAUACUGCAGAGAGAAUUACACAGAUCUGGCCACCGUUGACAACAUGAACGACAUGAACGAGCUGAAGAAGAGUGUGAAUGAUGGACGUGUCUGGAUUGGGCUGCAGAAGACGGGUGUUGAUAAAUGGCAAUGGUCUUCAGGUGAUCCUGCGCUCUAUCAGAACUGGGGAUCUGGACAACCUGAUGGCACAGAUUAUUGUGCUAUGAUGAGAAAUGGACAAUGGCAUGAUUUCCCAUGUAGUACCAGCCUGACUUUCAUCUGCAGUUUAUCUAACAACAUGAACACAGGACUCGUCUUUGUCAACCAGACGAAGAAAUGGAGAGAAGCUCAGAGUUACUGCAGACAGAAUCACAUUGAUCUGGUCAGUGUGAGGAACCAGAAUGAGAAUCAACAGCUUCAGAAGUUCAUCAAUGAUAGUCACAUAUCUGGUGAUGUCUGGAUCGGUCUGUUCAGAGACUCAUGGCAGUGGUCAGAUCAGAGUAACUCCUCAUUCAGAUACUGGAAUACUGGUGAACCUAAUAAUGAUGGAAGGAAUGAAAACUGUACAGAGAUUAUGAACGCUCAGGGACAAUGGAAUGACGUCUCUUGCAACAGAGAGUUUCCUUUUGUGUGUCAUGAAGAUAAACUGAUUCUGAUCAAAGAGAAGCUGACGUGGUCUGAAGCUCUGAGAUACUGCAGACAGAAUCAUGUGGAUCUGGUCUCGGUUCAUUCAGAAGAGAUUCAGCGUGAGGUGAUGAAUGUGGUUAAACAGGCGUCUACUGAGGAGGUGUGGUUGGGUUUACGUCACUCCCACAUUUUGGGCAUCUGGUACUGGGUGAGUGGAGACACCGUGUGCUAUCAGAACUGGGCGAUUGAUGAUUCAGAGAACUGUGAUUCUGCUGUGAGAUCUGGAGCAGUUCAGUCUGGAGGAGAUCAGCGCUGGAUCAGCCGCCCUGAGACUGACAGACUCAACUUCAUCUGCAGAAAUUAUGAGUGAAUGGAUACACAUACAUUUCAUGUAAGAUAACAAAUGAUUGUGUGUUCACUUCCUUUAACUUCAUUUCAUUCAUCACAUGGUUGUAAAGUAAUAAUUUCACCCUCAGUAGGCAGUUGUAUCUGAGGGUGAUGGUUGCUUUCAAAACACUGUUUCAUGAAGCUUUGAGAAUCUUUUGUUGUGAAUCAUUCAGCACACGUAUCAAACUGCUGAUUUCAGUAAACAAGGCUUUGUUACAUUUCGAAAUUUUAACGGUUUGCCGCUAUCAUCUCUGUGAAGAUUACCUUUUCAAUAGGCCUUUAUCACACUUCCAUUGAAAAGCGUAAGCUUCAAAUAUGAGCGUAAGAUUCUGCUGUCGCCUGAAUCAGUGGCUGUGCUCAUAGUAAGCGAUUGUUGUGAUUUGUGUCAAAUUCAGCACAGAAACUUCUUCUAAAGACACCAACCUCAGUUUACAGUCUUUAAUUGAGUAUUGUGAAACUCAGAAAAAAAGGGGUCAAGAUAUUCUGACGCAUAGUUCAUAAUUUAAAGGGGGAAAACAAUACUGUAUGUGUACUUCAGAGUCUGAUCACCUUAUUUUAUUACAGAACUCAAGAAUACAAUAUAAACAACAGAAUUAGACAAAGCUUACAAUAUUAAUUACUACUGAAGUCUAUUUUGGAGAGAUUUAAUUAAACAUUUGGUAAACUUACUGUAUUAAACAAUAAUGAUUAAAUAUUUUUAAUGCACUUAUUUUACGAUGCAAUCAUCAACAAUCAGAUCAAAUUGAAGUUGUUUAAAUAAAGGAAUAUUUCCAGCCCAUAGAUGAUUAUUCAAAAAUAUCUGAUUUGAUCAUCGUAAACGUGUCAUGGCUUGAAGAUAAAGGCAACAACCCUUUUAUAAUAUCUCUAUUUCACCAUCUUGUACAUAAGUAAAAUUAACCCUCACCUUUUACAAAGAUCUCAACAAUACGUCAUCCAAUAGAUGAUGUGAUAUUCUUUCACUUUGUUGUGUUUUUGCUGUCAUGCAAGUUUUGUCUGAUCAUGUUUAAACCAAUUUUGGGCAUCUAAUAAUAUGAUUUCUGGGUGAUUUGUCCUGCUGUGUUAUUUUUUCUAAUCUUCAUAAAUUUGCAUCCCUUUGUAAACAUGUUUCACAAGCAUCUUUAAUUAAAUCAAUGCCAUUGAAACAUUAAUGAAAAAAGAAAUAAACAAAUCCAGCCACUGACAACUGACAACAUCUUGUGUAAUAGUUGACACAUAUACAACAACUCUCAUCAUACAAACCUCAACAAUGGUGAAACUGAAACUCAACCCAAAGAAAUGCAAGGUCUUGCAUGUCACUAGCGCGAGGCGGGAACUGGUGAAGCCUUUAUUCACCACUGAUCAGAACACUUUGGAAAUUUGUGACAGUACUAAAGUUUUGUGGGUCAUUAUUCAGAGUGAUUUGAAAUGGGAUUGUCUAGUGGACCACAUAUUGUCCUCGGCUAACAGAAAGCUUUUUGUCCUGUCGUUUAAACAAAUUUGGUGUCUCUGUUCCUUAUUUGGUUACCAUCUAUAAAGGGUAUGUGUGCUGAGUGCUGGAGUAUGCGGUUCCAGUCUGUCAUAGUUCCUUGACCGCAGUUUAAGCCAAAAGACUGGAAAGUGUGCCUGUAAGAAACAGGGUCUGUAAAGUUAUACUCGGUCAAAGGUACCUGGGGUAUUCUGAUGCUCUUGGCCACCUUGCACUGUGUACCCUUAUGGAAAGACAAACUCAACUGUGUCUUUUUGCUAAAAGUUAUAUAAGUCUAGUUUCAGAGACUGGCUACUUACAGAUCGCCAGAUGAGGAAUUCAAAUAAGUGGACAAUUCCAAGAUGCCGAAACGGAAAGAUACCAGAGAUCACCAAUUCCUUAUAUGUGCAGACUUUUAAAUGAUUAUAGAAUAUAUUUUUGUAUUAUGUUUAGAAUUUUUAAUGAUGGUGAAUUUUAUGAAAUUAUUCUUAUAAUAUGGGAUGGUUUGAUGGUUAGAGUUGUUUUUUUGUUUUGUUUUUUUAAAUAUUGCAUGCAUUUCAUUUUAGUUUGUAGAUUUCUUUAGUGUUGUUUAGUGAACUUGUGAUAAUGCUGAAAAGUUAAUAAAACAAAACAAAAAUAAUGAAACUAGAGAAAAAAACUGUUGUUUAAAUCAUUUGACUGCCAGACAUAAAACAGACAUAUUGAUCUGUCUUCUCAGUCUCUCUAUCAAUGCAGAAUCAUUUUCUGAAAAUACCUGCAAUUGCUGAAAGAGAAAUACACUAGCAAACGUCAAGAGUCCGACUAAAGCAAACAUCAUUCAUCUAAGGCUGUGGCUGAAGUCAGUUGUAGUUUCUGUUCUUGUUGUUUCUCUUUCCUUCAGUGAUUCUGCUUGUUAACAGCAGGUGUUCAAAUGUUUCAUGAACAUCAAACUAUCCUUUAAAUGAUGUUCCUCUAACAUUAAGAAACUGGACAUUUUAAUAUUUCCUUAACACUCUGGAGUCUGAGGUAUCGCCAGCGAUACCACCUCAGUUUUUUUCUUACCAGUGUGAAAG